AACGACCCUGUCCGCACAGAAAGCGAGGACACAAAUCCAGCCAAGCCCACCACCCCGUUCCCGCGAAAGGGGCCGGGGCCGGGCUCGGUCGAGACAGAGGGCAUUGUUUGCCGGCUGCUGGUGGCACUGCUGAGUCUGUGUGAGGGGCUGCGGGGGCUCCCUGCCCCGCGCCUGAAGCCCUCAGACCCCCGGGCCGACUUCGACUCCAUCAUCAGCCUAGCCAAGAACCUGCUGAGUGACACCAAACACCUGUUCCAUCACUUUAAAUCCCGGUACCCGGCCGAGGGGGAGCACAAGAUGGACACAUUGCCCGUGCUGUCCAUGAGCGCGGUGGAGCUGGCCAACAUCCAGGUGCCUGGGGGCCUGGCACGGCUCAGCGCGGACCUGCAGAACUACCAGAAGCACCUGGAGUGGCUGCGCCGGGCCGGGUCGGUGCUGCGGCCCCUGGAGCAGGAUUUGGGAGCCCUGCACGCCCGGCUGGAGCGGCUGGUCAAGCGCCUGGAGCACCUGAUGUCCCGGCUGAACUUGCCCCGGCCCAGUGACCCGCUGCCCGUGCUGCCCUCGCACGGCACCCACUGGGCGGUGGUGCAGGCCGGCCACGCCCUCUUCCACAGCCUGCACCUCUACCUGGACUGGGCCGCCCGCGCCCUGGUUCUGAUCCGCAACAAGCUGUGACAACCGGUGCAGUGGGGGGCCCUGCCCCGGGGACACCUGGGGUCCCCCAUCCAGCAUUCCAGGGCACAGGGGUCCUGCCCCCCAGCUGUGGCACCCACUGGGCCCCCCCACACCAAUAGGGGGUGCUUGUUGGCUAGCCCCCCCCAGAUGUAGCAAACUCUUAUUUAUGCAACCCACUAUUUAUUUAUUUAUUUACAGUAGGAGAUGGGGGCUCGUUAGCCUUUUUCUUUUUUUGUAUUCAUUUCUUGUUACGAUUCCCCUCCCGCCUCAAUCUGAGGGGAGGUAUCAAGGCCCUUCGAGCGAAGAAAUGGAGAAGCGGGGCUAGAGGAGGAGAGUCUCACACCCUCUCCCCCUUGCAUUUCACUCCUAUCCCUACCGCACCGGGGCUGUCCCAGCCCCUCCUUCUGUGGGACCCUCCUCUGUUUGCUUCUCCCGCUUUCCAUCUUCCCCCUCUUCUGUCUUUCCUUCUUUCUCAUUCUCUUUCGCUUGUUUUUCGUUCCUUCCUUUCGCUCCUUCUUUCGUUCGUUCUUUUGUUCCUUCUGUCUCUCUCCUUUCUUUCAUUUGCUCGUUCCUUCUUUCUUUCGUUCCUUGUCUUUUGUUCUUUUGCUCCUUCUUUCUUUCAUUCACUUGCUCUUUUGCUCCUUCCUUCUCUCUCUCUCUCUAUUCUGAUUUUCCCAUCCUUUCCCUCUUUCUUUCUAAAAAGAAAAGGAGUACUUGUGGCACCUUAGAGACUAACAAAUUUAUUAGAGCAUAAGCUUUCGUGAGCUACAGCUCACUUCAUCGGAUGCAUUCUUUCUUUCUAUAUUCUCUUCUUGCAUCAUCCUUUCUUUCUCUCCUCCUAGGGCAGCAGUGACCCCUAAUGGCCGCGCUGCUGAACUGCAACCCCCGGGCUAUGUAAUUACAUAGACGAUUCAUCCUUCAUUUCCUGAUUUGCGGGGGGGAAGGGGGGGAAUUUAUUGCUGUCCGGGGUGAGGACGGCGCAAGAGCCGCUCUCAUGCCUGCGCAGGCCCUGGAAAGCCUUUGGCACCGUGCUCCGGAAGUUCACCACAGUCACAGAUGCUGCUGGCCCUGAAGAGUUAAUGGCGAAAAAGCAGAAAGGAGCCAGGACUCCUGGGUUCUCUCCCUGGCUCUGGGAGGGGAGAGCCCAGACACAGAGUCAUUGAGAUCAGGGUCCCGUCAGGCCGGGCGCUGCCCAGACACAAAGUUCCCCUACAGAUGUUUACCCCCUACUAUCCCGGAUCCCACAGCUGGGCCAUAUUUCCAUAUAACUGCCCUCCAUCUCUGUAUUUAUGCCCUUGCUUUGGGUCACUCCACCCUCACGCUAUUUAUAAAUCCAUUGGACGUUGCUGUUUUAAAUUAUUUAAUUUAUUAUCUAUGCCAAGAUUGGGUUGUUUUGCUAAUUAUUAAUAAUAAUAAUAAUUAUUAUUAUUAUUUGGGUCACGUUCACCUUAUUUAUUGAGCCAGCGAUUUAUUCCUUUUUUAAAAAAGCUU